CCUAGUGUAAUACACGUGUUUUACGGAAAAUUUAAAAUUCAAUUAAAAAGCAAGAAAAAGAAGAUACGUUUAUAUUUAAAAAAUCAUGUUAAAAUUAAAAUAAUUCUAAUAAUUUUUAAAUAUAAUAAUAUUACAAAAAUGUCACGAAUUGCUGAUACAAGGGAAAUUAUAGUGACUAGUGACACUAAUAAUGAACAUUGGAAUGCUGCCGUGUGGGAUCAUCGGACAGGUUCUAUUUUAUCGACUUACAAAAAUGCUGGUACUCUUAGUCAUCGAACUCUUCAACUUUUAAAUGAUAGUUAUAUAGUAGGUGCUGAUUUAACAAAACCGCGUAUAUAUGUUUGGCCACUCAACGAUCACUCUCCUGUCUCUAACCUCAGAUUAACAACACCGGGUAAAGUUACUGCUCUGAAAUUUACACCGAAUAGUGCCUACAUUGUUGCAGCAAUUUCUGAAAAAUUAUUUAUUUGGCAAUCUUGUAAUGGACGAUUGUUAAAAAAUUUAUCACAACAUUAUCAAACAGUGAGUUGUUUAUCGUUUACUAAAGACGGUUCAAUUUUUGCCAGUGGCGCUGAAGAUGGUUUAGUAUUUGUUUGGUCGUUAUAUCGCGUGUUGAAUGACGAACAACCUACGCCAUUGCAUGCUUUCUCUCAUCAUUCGUUACCAAUAAAAGAUCUACAAUUCGGCCAUGCCGGAUCACGAGGAAGACUGUGUUCCGUAUCUCUUGAUCGAACAUGCAACAUUUACGAUCCUGGUAGUGGAUCGCUAUUGCUCACCUUUGUGUUCGACGUACCGCUCACUUCCAUUUCCAUGAACAUCCGUGAAAGUGAUUUAUUUGUGGGUUGUACCGACGGUGACAUAUAUCGAUUCAAUUUACACGAGCCACCACGUGGAAUAGAACAUCAUGUGCAGAUACGGAAAGACGGAAAUUCGGAGGGCGUGAUAGUUUUCCAGGGACACAAAUCGACCGUAGUAUCGUUGUCGAUAUCGAUCGACUGUCGAUAUCUGCUGUCAGGCUCGAUAAGCGGUGAGGUUCAUGUUUGGGAUAUAGCCAGUCAUCAGAUUCUUCGAACAAUCAAUCACAAGGGACCAAUCACUGCAGCAUUCUUUGCUAAAUAUUAUGAGAAUUUCCGGGUCACUAAUCUUAAACCAUGCUUGCAAUUGUGUAAUCUACAGAGAAUAUCUGAUGAUACUGGAAAAGAAAGUUCUAUCGAUGUAAUAUCAAACAAUCAAAAUUUGGCGGAUAUUUUAAAUUUCGAAUUAUAUACGGAAAAAAAUGUCGAUCUGACAAGAUUAGAGGAUUCAAAUUCGCAGAAACUUGUUGAGAUGAAGGAAGAAAUUGAUAGACUAAAGAAAAUUAAUACUGCUAUUUAUCAAUACAGCGUAAAACAUAUUCUGAAUAAGUCGAAUGAAAAUAUAUCUUCAGUUUGAACAUAUGAAAAUUUAUUAGAAAAAAUUAUAACA